AUGAUCAUAAAAAAAAGAAUACUGGAUGGCAGAGGCCCAAGGAACGACUCACAGACGAUUCGACAUCGAUUUUCUCGGACAUUGUACGAAGCCAAACAAGUGGAAUGGAGCAGAGGGUACUUGUCUGCAACAGCGAAAGAGAAGGCGAUGGGAUUGAACUCAAGCAGGAACACAGGAUUCAUGCCAGCGCAUAAGUAGUCCUCGCUGGCAGCACUGGAGUGAGAUCAGAGCCCUAUUCCUCACCCUGUCUGUCCUGUCCCCACCCUUCCGUUAAUAAUUCCAAGCUUUCGGUCCAUGAUUGAAACAACGGAAAGCGUGCAGCAUCGGCUUUUUUUUUAGUCUGGAUUUUUUUUUUAAUCUGAUUUAUUUCUUGAAUCGAUGCUUGCAGCAGCCAUGACACCUCAAUGCUCUCGCCUUGUGAGAGCCAAGCAUGUAUGAUCCUCACCUUUGUUCAUAUUGGGGACAUGCAUCGCGGUAUCUCACGUUAGGUUGGCCAAAAUAUGCCUGGGUGUGGUGUUAUGGACACUAGGGGUGAGGGCGAAUGACAGACAAUUACUACCCGCCUCUAGCAAUGGAGGCACCCGAUAGUGGGCGUGGCAGCAUGCUUGGUUCUCUAACCAUCACUCGUCUCUAGGGGAACUACAGUACCUGUACUGCCGGAGAGGGCAUGAAGUCACUCCGUUCGCAUAGCCAACAACAGUUCCCAACCCCCUUCAGUGCCAGCAAUGAAUAUAUAUUAGUAUUAUCCCA